CCUACCGAGUAAGUGACGUUUUUUUUCUGCUUCAGUGCUUCUGUUUGCUCUCUCACUGUCUCUGUUCAUUUUCAAAAAACCCUAAAUCUAAAACAUGGGUUCCAAAAACAAAGUUAAAAGAAAAAGUAAGGAAAAGGAUGAUUCAGAUGACAUCGACAACAAGAAGAAGAUCAUCACAGACUCUCGAUUCGCGUCCGUACACUCGGACCCUAGGUUCCAGAAUGUGCCGAAGCAAAAAUCGAAGGUUGAGAUUGACUCUCGGUUCAAACGCAUGUUCACUGACAAGAACUUCGCGUCGUCCUCGGCUCAGUACGACAAAAGAGGCAGGCCUAAAGAGAAGCACAAAAGCUCUGCCAAUUCUCUGCGACAUUACUACAAAAUUGAAGAAGAAAAUGAAAAGAAAGAAGAACAGGAAGAGAAAGGAUUAGGGAGUGAAAGUGAAAGCGAAAGUGAAUUGGAGGAAACUGGUGACGUGGCGAUAAAGAGUGAGUCGGAGGAUGAGGAUGAUGACUUGGAUGAGAGUAGUUCUGAUGAAGAAGAAGAAGAGGAUGUUUAUGAGAGUGAAGGGCCUGAAGAGGAGCAGGAAGCUAUACCAGAAAUUGAGAAAGAAACGCACAGGCUCGCUGUUGUUAAUAUGGAUUGGAGACAUGUUAAGGCUGUUGACUUGUAUGUUAUAUUAAGUUCAUUUCUGCCAAAAGAUGGACAAAUUCUGUCUGUCGCUGUCUAUCCAUCUGAGUUUGGAAUUCAGCGAAUGAAAGAGGAAGAAGUUCAUGGCCCUGUUGGUCUAUUCGAUGAUGAAGAUAAGAACAGUGAUGAAGAAGACAAUGAUGAAAUUGACGAGGAGAAAUUGCGUGCUUACGAGAAAAGUAGGCUCAGGUACUACUAUGCUGUUGUGGAAUGUGAUUCUAGUGCAACAGCAGACUACCUUUACAAAGCUUGUGAUGGAGUUGAGUUUGAAAGAUCAUCAAACAAGCUUGAUUUGAGAUUUAUUCCUGACUCUAUGGAAUUUAAACAUCCGCAUCGGGAUGUUGCAAGAGAGGCUCCUACAAACUAUGGGGGUUUAGAUUUUUAUACCAAAGCCCUGCAACAUAGUAAUGUUCAUCUUUCUUGGGACGACGAUGAACCAGACCGUUCAAAGACCUUGAAUCGAAAAUUUAAUGCUGAUCAGCUAGCUCAGUUGGAAAUAAAGGAGUUUUUGGCUUCUGAAGAGAGUGAAAGUGAUGAUGAAGAUGAUAAUGUCACAGAGGAGCAAUCUGAUGAAAAGAGUAAAAAACGAGAUAUGUACCGUGCUUUACUCCAGUCUGUUGAUGGUUCAGAUGGAGACGGUGAGGAGGAUGGCCAGGAUAUGGAGGUCACUUUCAAUACUGGUUUGGAGGAUAUAAGCAAGCGCAUUUUGGAAAAGAAGGAUAAGAAGUCAGAAACAGUUUGGGAGGCCUAUCUCAGGAAAAGACGUGAGAAAAAGAAGUCCAGGAAAAAUAAAUCAAAGUAUUCAUCAGAUGAGGAGAGUAGUGAUACUGAUCAAGAGGCAGUAGAAGAAGCAGAUGAUUUUUUCGUUGAGGAGCCUUCAGUUAAGAAGAGUAAAAAGGGGUCUCAGAGUAAAGGUGAAAAAGAAGGAAAGCAACAUCAAGAUACAGAUGUAGAAGCAAAUGCAAGCAUGGCAGAGCUUGAGUUAUUAUUGGCUGAUGACAAAGGGAUGGAUAAUGGUUUGAAGGGAUAUAAUUUAAAGCCUAAGAAGGCCAAGGGGAAAAAGAGAAAAGAAGUUCCAAUUGAAGGCAAAAUACCUACUGUUGACUGUGAAGAUCCGCGGUUUUCAGCUUUGUUCACUUCUCCUCUUUAUGCUUUGGAUCCCACUGAUCCACAGUUCAAAAGGAGUGCAGCUUAUGCUCGGCAGGUGGCACAGAGGCAGCAGAAGACCGACCGCAGAGAAUUGGUCGAUAAUGAACCCAGUAAUUUACCAUCUAGUGAACUUGAGGUGUCCAUGCCCAUGAAGGCCGAUGUUUCUUCUUCAAAGAGGGAAAAGCAUGAGUUGUCUUCAUUGGUUAGAUCAGUCAAGAUGAAAUCCAAGCAAGUUCAAUUGCCCUCCAAUGGUAAGAGGCCAAAGAGAGAUAGAUUGUCAUCUAUAGAUGUUGAGGAAAAUGAUGUUUAUAAACCUGUAAAGAAGAAGACCAAAGCCACAAGAAAAUGAAAAGACAAGGAAAUAGAAGGUGUGUUUCCUAUUAUUCUUCACUUGUGGAAAUUGAGAUGCUAAGAGAGUUUUACAUAGACUAUUGGCUUAUUUUAUUGCCAUUUUUGUUGUUAACUUAUUAAACUCAAUUCUGUUGAUACCCUUUUUAAUUCUUUUGAGCGUUUUGAAGUUGCCUAUCUGUAGAAGAAAAAAGAAGAGUAUUCAUGUAGAACCUCAUUCUGCGGUUAUCAUAAACUGAUAAUGUAAGAGUCACAAAAUGAUAGUACAUGUUGCAAAA